GGCGCCUGGAGCGAAGGGGUGGUGGAUCACUUUCUGAGGUUGCAGCGCAUCAGAGCGAGAGACGGGGCGGCCAUCAGGUGGUUCCACGCCGCGAACAGCAAGGCCCGAGCCGGGGAGGCCGCGAGAAGUGAUGUUCACAUGAUAGAGGCAGAUGUUCUUCUUCGUGGUGGCAAGGGAGGAGAUGGAGACCCUAUCAUGGCUCAUCCACCUGAAACAGACAGUGACAACACAUUGCAGGAAUGGCUAGAAGAGAUUGUCAACACAAAUAAAGGCAUCAAGCUGGAUUUUAAGAGUCUAGAAGCCGUACGGCCUUCCUUGGAGCUUCUUGAACACGUGAAGCAGCAUUUGAGGCGACCCGUUUGGAUCAAUGCAGACAUCCUACCAGGACCUAAUGGAAAUAAUACUGUAGUGGAUGCAAAAGAGUUCCUCGACACUGUCACUUCAUGUUUCCCAAAUGUAACCUUAUCGCUGGGAUGGACAACUGGCUGGCACCCUGGGAAACACAAUAAAGGCUAUGAUUGGAUGAUGGUGAGAGAAAUGGCUCAGAUAUGCAAUACACUUUCCCAGCCUGUAACUUUCCCUGUGAGAGCAGCAUUAGUACGACAGUCAAUAUCUGAGCUGUGUUGGUUAAUCCAACAGUCGGAUAGGUACAGCCUCACUGUUUGGACAGGAAAGGAAGAUGUGUAUUCUGUAGAAGAUUUGCUUUACAUCCGAGAAAACUUUGAUAAAAGUAGAGUUUAUUAUGACAUUUUAGAGCCACAAAAUUCUGAAUUCAGAAAAGCCAUAGGAGUAGAAUAGUAAAUACAAAGCAGGCAAUGUCUGACCUUAUAAUACUUAGCCUCUUUAAACAUGAAGAUUUCUUGUUCAGAGAAAUGCAUUUUCCUUACCAAAAGAAUUGUAUAGAACACACCUGUGGUUAUUGGAGGAGUGUUUGUAUAACACUAUUGAAAGGCUUCUCAAAUAGAAAUUUAAUGCCUUCUUAAUUGUCACUUACUCAUCAUAUGCAUGUUCCCUCUCAUUCACCCAGUGGCGUGUGGUAAAGGCUACUCACAUUACCUAAAUAUUCCAGUACUUCUUCCCUGCAAGCACAUAAAGGGGAGAACGGCCCCAGCUGGUAGUUGUGGACCCAGGUAAUUUGCUACUAACUGCUUUCAUGUAAGCCAAAGUCUAUGGGACACUCAAUCUCCAGUAAAGCCUGUUUUCGCUUUUUAUAGGGGAGGCCAAGAGUCAAGACUGUAUUAAGUACAGGACUAUGCAGUUCCCAAAGGGGUUAUUUCAUUGCAAUUGAUAAUGUUCUCACUCCUCCUCAAUAGAAGAUUCUGUUUGCUAGAUGUGAAGAGCGGGAUCUGUGAUGCUACACAUUCCAGGGAGAAAGAAUGGUUAUUUUUACUGAAUUAAAACUAACGAGGUUCUCUGCAGCGUGGUAAUUUUGCGUUCCACACCAUGGCUUGCCUCCAUGCUUUCUGAGCCAUCAGCAACGUAGCCCUCAGAUUGUGGGAAGGCCGAGUUGGAGUUGUAGCUGCGCUGUAGGAGGUGCUGGGGCAAACGGAACCCCCAAUAUGAAGAAUAAUCCUGUCCUGUAUGUAAAGCAGAAAGAUGGAUUACAGUGAGGUGCACAUCAGAGACAGCAUUAAAAGAGCUAUAGUGGUUUGUAAGAUAGAGAAGUGCUGGUGGUUCUUUCAAGAGUUAUAAACUAAAUUUUAAGUAUAGCAGGAGUUCUGUAAAAUGUUCUGCUGCAGUCUUUCUGAAAGCCAGAGGCUCUAAGAAUGAAAUAGCUGUACAGUGAUUAGUGCUUACAGCAAAAAUUGUACAUUUAUGUGAUAGUACAGUUAUUUUCUACAUUCUCCUGGAUUGUGCAUCUUUUUAACUCUCAGAAUAUGAUUUCAAAAAUUUUCAAAAGUUGAACUUCCCUUUGAGAAAAAUGGAAAUCAUUGCAACCCGUAUCACCUGCAGGAAAAGUCCAACCAAUUUAAGCAUUUUUUGACUCUCUUGCUUCUGCAUCCCUUAAAAUGAAUACAUAUAUUGAAAUCUGUGCAGAUUGAAACACAAGCUGUGUAUUGUUGUCUUUUGCCAAACAUUACAAAGUUUUUUAUUUUCACGACGACAGAGGAGAUUUUGAUUUCUGAAUGAAAGCUGAUUCUGUGAAGAGACACUACCCUGGCAUCUUCUUGCCCUCCUCUUCCCAUUCCUCUUGCAUGCAUGAUUUUUUUAACUUUGAUGUUUUACACAAGAGUGGACAGGCUGUAGUACUAAAGAGUUACAGCAAGUUUUGGUUCUUACAGCUUUUUUUUUAUAGUAUUAAUACAACUGUGAUAGAAAAGUUAGUUAUAUUUAUUAAUCCUAAAUCUUGAAAUAUAGUGAUUUCAUGCAGUCAUUAAAAUUCAGGGUUCCUUGUUGUUACCUACAGCCCCUUUGCCAGGUUUAUCUAAUAAUUGUUUUACGUUAUUGAGGGGUAGAGCUUUCAUCAUUUUUGUCACCUCCUAAGAUAUACUUGGGUAAAAUUAGGAAAUGUUUUUCCAAAUAAGGAAGAAAACUAUCUAGUUGUGCUUGGAAUAGUUAAACAGAGUACUUAAUUUAAUUUACAGAAUCGGGCAAUGUGAGUGGCAGUAACCAUCAAAAGGUCAAGUUUGGCAGUGUGAUUCCUUUUAAUGAAUCGGGAGGAAUUAUUUAUUUUUUAGUUCAUCAUGACAACGUGAUCUGAUCUGAACAGAUUUAACCUCUCAAUUCUUUAUAGCAUCUGUUUCUUUGAGCUUUGCAUGCAUACUUUGCUAUACCAUGGGAGGAAGAGAGAUUAACCGUUUCCUAACUGAUCAUGACUAUGGAAAAUACUUUAAAUACUUCAAAGACCCUUUUCUAACCCAGAUCAUUUUGACUAAAACAGGUUCAGGAGCUAUUGCGUGAACGGGCGUGCUAGCAGAUCUGAUCAUGUGGUAUCCUUUUCUGGAUGAUGACCCUUUCACCUAACUCCCCUUCAGGGAGAACAGGAUAUAUGAAUGACCAAAGCUCCAGAUAAACCAAAGUUAUAGACAUUGCUUGGAAUCUAUAGUACAUGCAAUAAACUAGUAGGAAAUAGUAUAGUUCAGAGGUUUUUAUUUUCUGGGAUAUACCAUUGAACAAGAAGCACUUUGGGGACAUCAGCCAGCUUUUGGAAUCAAAUGCAACAUAGCUACAUUAGCCAAAAUGAGUCAGGCAGGUGUCUGAAUAACAGAAUUUGCUUUUGAGGGACAUAAAGGAAAUAGCUUGAGGACCCAUCGCUGUAGCCAUGUUCAUUUAUUGAAUGAAAGGUGCCAUUAAAGAGCACUGAGGUUUUUGUAUUAUUCUUACUGAACACUUUACUAGUUCUAGGCUUAGUCUAGAUUUCUUUUCAAGAUACUGCUGGUCAUUCAGAAGCAGCAAUACUUUCUAGCCAUACAUUUAUUUCUAAUAGAUUUAAAGACGAGUAUCUUGUCGUCCUUUUGUUCCACAAUUUGUAUAAAAGUUUAGGACUGGAAUGGGCUCCUAGAUCUUGUUUCAGCUCCUUGUUGCAGGCAGUUACAUUUACUGACUUGAGGGAUUUCAUCUUUCAGUUGGCUAGGCCUUUUUGCAUCUGAACUGACAGACUUUUCUGUUAUCUAGAAACCUUUUUCCCACUUAUCAAUAACAACCUUAAGUAUUAGUAUUAGGAAGUAAUAAACAUUAUCAGCAACUGCCAGAAGUAUUUUUAAGGGUGCAGACAUCAUGGAAGGAGUAUCACUGAGCAAUAUAUGUGGUAUGACAGAUACACUAACAGGGAUAUGUAGAUAAAUUUAAAAGAAGACGUGAUCAGGAUUACCAGAAAAAUUAAUUAAGGUAACAAGACAGUAAAACUAGAUUAAACAGAAUGCUAGAAAUGAACUCCAUGAAGCAUUCUUGCAGUGAAAGAAGGGUUUGACUAUAUGGUGAAUUUGUUUAUUCUGUAUGGAUCAUCCUAUAUAUCUGAAUUUUUGUACAUAUUCUUUUUUACACGUCAAUCUCUUAGUUUCCUGUGAAGUCAUUUAUAUUGUUUAUGUCAGUCUGGUCUGACUUGCACGUAAAUAAAUUCAUUCGAAUCUGUU